AUGUGGCUCACCUUACUACUGUUCGCCAGCAGCGUCCACGGCUUAGGCCUUUCACUCUUUAGCCCUAUAACGCCCUCUCCAUCGAGCACCCCAACACCCCCUGCAACCUCCACCAGCAACCAAUGGCUCAUCAUCUCCAACACGUCCAUCUUCUGGCCCACCUCAACCGACUACUUCUACGGGCCCACCACGGGCCCCCAAGCCUCCGCCGUGUCCUGCAACGCCGCAUGGAUGGAAUACGUAGAGCACAUAACAGGCGCCUGCAAAACCCAUGUGCGUCGCGAGGAUUGGAACGACCCGCACCCCAACGGCCCGAUCACCACCCUCUGCGACGGCAUCCCGCGAGCCCUGGGCCCUGUGGGCAUGAUCACCACCUGGCUCCCCGGCACCGGGCCCUGCCUUACAUCCACCAAAACCUACACCUACACCUUCCCUAUCUACCGCGAGCCGUCCCCCGCCCUUCCUUUCCUGGGCAGCAACCAAGACCACAAGAACCCCAGGCGACACCGCCAGCCCUCUUGCCCCCUCCACUGCCCCACCCCUCCGGCACCAUAUACCGAGAACCCCUGCAGAGCAUGCCACUUCGUCCCCGCCGAUGCAACCAUCUUCUACUGGCCCCACUCCCGCAGCCAAACCCCCCUCACAUCCCCAACAACGCCACAACCGCCCUUCCACCCGAACACAACCCCCAUCACAACCACCAUCACCAAAACCAUCACCAAAACCAACAACAACAACAACAACAACAACAACAACCAAACCCUAACCACCACCCUGACAUUCACCUCCCCAACAAUCUACAUCUCCCUCCCCACGCUCCGCGCAGGAUCCAACGACCGCUUCCCCACCCAAUGCGGCCACAACCACACCGACGUGCUCCUCUCCGUGCACCCCUCCACGCUCUCGUCCGUCCGCUCGCACUACAACUCGCGCCGCCCCGUCUACGGCACGCGCUACCCGUUCGACUUGGCGGAUUUCGUGCCCCGUCGGAUCGGCAACUUCUCGCAGCUGCUGGUCCCCUGGGAGAAGUAUCGCGGGGGGAUCCAGUAUAUAUUUCUGGCAUAA